AUAAAAGAAGUCGAAUCGAAAAGUAAAUCUUUUGAAUCGACCGAAAUUACAAAGGAGAGUUUUCUGGCUUCGCUUCCAGAUGAUUCAUUUUACUACCUGAAGGCAAUUUCAGGAAAUGGAGAAAAGUUCAAAGUGCACUUUUUGACCGAAGAUAUAACGAAAGAAAACCUGGAGCAGUGGAUAUCCGAAUAUGAAGUGAUAAACAGCAUCUCAGUGAAGUUAAAGACAAAGAAGGCACCAACAAGCGGCUAUGUGUUGCAAAACUACUAUAGAUGCCAACACAACACUCGCAACUGGAGUCCAAGUAAAGAUCCACAGCAGAAAUUGUACUUGAACCCAUCUGCCAGAGUAAAGAACACCAAUUGCCCCUUUCAGAUGAUAGUCAAAAUAGACAGCGAGGGAUGUUGUUCU